UUUAUAAAUGAAAUGGAAAUGGAAAAAACAGUCGAGAAUAUUCAUGGGAAGAAUUAUUUCUAUUACAAUGGAGAUUCAGAAAGACAAUUUUUUCUAUAUUAUUAUCAUUCAAUUAAAGAAUCCAAGGAGCAAGCACUCGGCGAAAAGGAAUUUCGAAUGGAACAUAAAAUUAGUGAAUCUUUAAUCAUGUUCCUCUAUAUUAUCCUAAGCCAAAGCCGUGAGGUGGUUGAUCAAAAUUGACCCCGCUGAUUCUGUAAAGGUCACUAGAAAACAUCGACAUGCUGCCUCACAACAUUGUCCUUAUGUGUCAAAGCUUUACUCAAUCGCUUUGACAAUGAAACCUGACCGGCCACCUUUGUCUUCAUCGUCGGAUUCAUCAAAACAACCAAAACCCAUUUCUUAAUACCACCUGAUACUUUGUCCAUUUUACAACAGACUAGAACAUCCUAUAUAACAAGGUUUGACCAUGUUGCCUUGUGAAUCAAAACCUUCAUCUUUUUCUUCCUGUUCUUUGUAUUUGAUCCUUAUUGUUUAUUGCUUCUAAUUCAGCUUUCUAUUAACUGUCAGAUGCUUGCUUGGUAAUUACCAAUACCCUGCAAUCAGAUUGGUUAUCUUAAUUACUUGAGAAAACGGAACAGAAAGUCAACUAUUCGUUUGUCUGGCAAGAAAAUUGAGAGAAAAGUAUUUCAAUGGAGAUAUUGAACGAGACUUUUAGUUAGCCUUAGCCAAAAAUGUUCUUGACUUGGGUCAUAAACCAGGAAAAAUUUCUUGCUUUGAGCUAGAAAUUUUGAAUGUCAAUUCAACGCAUUUGUGUAUAAGUGUCUGCUUCAUGCCUAGGCAGAGGACUAUGUCUUACCAUCGACGUUUUUCUCUUUUUCUUCUUCUUCAACAUCAAAAACCUCAAUUCCUCAAGUUUAAGCCUCUUUUUCAACUUCUACUGGCCUAUUACCAUGACCACUAUCCCAACCACAAUGCUGUCCCCAAAUCCCAUAUACACAUUAAGCCAAGUCUCUCUUCCUUCAUUACAGACUCAAAAAUCCAAUCAGAGUUUGCUCACCAUGAUCCUGGUGUUGCCCGGAUCAACAAUGGGAGCUUUGGUUGCUGUCCUGCUCCUGUUAUCACUGCCCUGCAACAAUGGCAGCUCAAAUACCUACGCCAGCCUGACCAUUUCUACUACAAUGAGCUCCGACAGGGGAUAUUGAAAACAAGAACAAUAAUCAAAGACCUUGUCAAUGCAUAUGAUGUUGAUGAAAUUUCGGUUUUAGAUAAUACCACCACUGCCGUUGCCAUAGUCUUACAGAAAACAGCUUGGGCUUUUUCUGAAGGGACAUAUAACAAAGGGGAUGCCAUCAUUGUGCUUCAGUAUGGUUAUGGAGCAGUUAGAAACUCAAUCAAGGCCUAUGUUUCUCGUGCUGGCGGGGAUGUUAUCGAAGUUCAUUUUAAAUUCCCUGUGAGUUCAAACAACGAGAUUAUAUCUGCAUUUAGGAAGGCUUUGAAGGAAGGAAAAACUAAUGGUAAAAAUAUUAGAUUAGCUGUGAUUGACCAUGUUACCUCAAUGCCGUCCUUUGUAAUCCCAGUUAAGGAAUUGGUUAAGACUUGUAGGGAAGAAGGUGUUGACCAAGUUUUUGUGGAUGGUGCUCAUGGUAUUGGGUGCAUUGAUGUUGAUAUGAAAGAAAUUGGAGCAGAUUUUUAUACCAGUAACUUGCACAAGUGGUUCUUUUCCCCACCAGCAGUUGCAUUUUUGUAUUGUAGAAAGUUGUCGAAGUGUUCGGAUUUGCACCAUCCCAUAGUGUCUCAUGACUAUGGUAAUGGGUUGGCCAUUGAAAGUGCUUGGGUUGGGACCAGGGAUUAUAGUCCUCUUUUGGUGGUUCCUUCUGUUUUGGAAUUCAUUAGUCGGUUUGAAAAAGGUAUUCAUGGAAUCAUGGAAAGGAAUCAUGAAGCUGUCGUGGAGAUGGGGAAGAUGCUGGCGAAAGCUUGGGGAACAAAUCUUGGGUCUCCACCUGAAAUGUGUGCAGCAAUGAUCAUGGUUGGAUUACCUUCUUGUUUAGGUAUUUCAAGUGAGAAUGAUUGUGUGAAGCUUAGGACACAUUUAAGGGAGAGUUUUGGUGUUGAAGUGCAUAUUUACUACAGGACACCAGAAGAUGGGGAAGUUGAGCCUAUAACUGGGUACGCUAGAAUUUCUCAUCAAGUCUAUAACAAAAUUGAUGAUUAUCUCAAGUUCAGGAAUGCAAUUAACCAACUCGUAGGCAAUGGAUUUACUUGCACUUCUCUUCUUGAUUAAAAAAAUGAAAUAAAAGAUUUGCUUUAGCUAUAAGAAUCAAUGCUUUACCAAUGAGAAUCAGACAGCAAGUAUGAUGUUUACUGUAUCAGAGGACAAAGUGGCUAUCAACACUAUGAGAAAUUGUUGUUGAAAAUAUUCAAUGGCUAUGAACACUAUUAGAAUUGUUGUUGAAGAUAUUCAAUGGCUAGUAUUCGUUUUCAUGCUUUU